AUGGCCGCUAAGGCCUUGAUAGGAAGCGCUUUUCUCACUGCAACGGUUGAAGAUUUGCUACUGAGACUCUCUUCACCAGACUUCAUCGAUUACAUCACAAGCAGCAAGUUGAAUCUCCUCAAACUGACCGUCUUCGAAACUUCGCUUCUCACUCUCCAUUCUGUUCUCCCCGAUGCAGAGCGCAAGCACUUCUUCAAUCCCUCUGUCGAACAAUGGAUGGAUGAAUUGUACGACGCCAUCUCACUUGCAGAUGAUUUGAUCGAUGAAAUCGGUUACGAUUCCAUGCAAUGCAAGGUUCACAACACUCAACCUGAUCACCAUUUUUUCUUCAAUUUUAGAUUGAAUUUGAUUAAUCUAAGGCUACAACGUUUUGUUCAACGGAUAGAUUUCAUUGGUUUACAAUCUGUAAGUGAUAGGGUUUCUUGUAGAAUAAGUUCGAGUUCAGUGUUAAAUGAAUCCUUCAUAGUUGGUAGGGAGGAUGAUAAAGAGAAAUUGAUGAAUAUGUUGUUGUCGUCAGGUAGUGGUACAAAUCUAGGUGUGAUUGCUCUUUUAGGUGUUGGAGGGGUUGGAAAAACUACACUUGCUGAACUAGUUUAUAAUGAUAAACAAGUUCAUGAGCAUUUUGAUUUGAAAAUGUGGAUUCGUUUUUCGGAGGGUUUUGAUAUUGUGAGGGUAAUUAUAACUCUACUUGCAUCUGUAUGUUCAUUACUUUACAACGACAAAAAUCUUGAUUAUCUCCGACUUGUAUUAAAGCAGAAAUUGAAGUCUAGAAGAUUUUUAUUUGUGUUUGAUGACCUAUGGAAUGUUGGUUAUAAUGAUUGGAAUGAGUUGGUAGCUCCUUUGGUUGAUGGAAACUUAGGAAGUAGGGUGAUCAUUACGACGCGUCAAGAAAAAGUUGCAGAGGUUGUGCAUACAUUUCAAAUUCAUAAAUUAGAACCUUUGUCAUACGAAGACUGUUGGUCUUUACUUUCCAAGCAUGCAUUUGGAAGUAAAGAUUAUGAUGGCGAUGAAUACCCCGAUCUAGAAGCAAUUUGUAGGAAAAUUUCAAGAAAGUGUAGAGGGUUGCCACUAGCUGCCAAAACACUUGGAGGACUUUUGUCUUCAAAUGUUGAUUUAAAGAGGUGGAUUUCAAUUUUGAUUAGCAACAUAUGGAACAUACCAGAUAAUAAUAUUCUUCCAUCUUUGCUUUUGAGUUAUCAGUAUCUUCCCUCUUACUUGAAAAGAUGUUUUGCUUAUUGCUCUGUUUUUCCGAAGGGAUAUUCCUUUGAUAGGAAGCAAUUGAUUUUGUUGUGGAUGGCAGAAGGCUUCCUUGAGCAUUCUCAGGGUGAAAAAGCACCCGAAGAAGUGGGUGAUGACUACUUUGUUGAAUUGCUAUCAAGAUCCUUCAUUCAACAGUUGAAAGAUGACACUGAGAGAAAAAAGUUUGUUCUGCAUGACCUUCUUUAUGAUUUAGCUGAGAUUGUAUCUGGGAAAAGUUGUUGCAAGCUUGAAUGUGGUGGCAUCAUCUCAAAAAAGGUUCAACAUUUGUCAUAUAUUCCAGACAAGUACGGAACUUUCAAGAAGUUUGAGAUUUUCUACGAUUUUAAAAGCUUACGAAGCUUCUUGCCUAUUUGCAUUCGCCGGGGAUCAAAUUACUUAUCUAGAAAGGUGGUUGAUGAUUUACUACCUACACUCAGAAGUUUGCGUGUGCUAUCCUUAUCACAUCACAGCAACUUCACCGUGUUACCAGAUUCAAUUUAUAACUUGUUGCAUUUGCGGUAUCUCGAUCUCUCCCACACUGAUAUCAAAAGCCUGCCUGAAUCAAUAUGUGACUUGUACUAUUUGCAAACCUUAAAUUUAUCAUCAUGCUCUUCACUGAAUGAAUUGCCGGUUGAUAUCGGAAAGUUAAUUAAUUUACGCCACCUUGAUAUCAGUGACUCUCGCAUUAAAAAGAUGCCAAUGCAAAUUGUUAGAUUGGAAAACCUUCAAACCCUAUCUGUUUUCAUAGUGGGCAACCAAGAAGUUGGGUUAAGUGUGAGAGAACUUGGGAAGUUUCCUAACAUUCGGGGAAAACUUUACAUUGGAAAUCUGUGUAAUGUCAUCGAUGUCAAUGAAGCAUGUGAUGCCAACUUGAAGAAUAAAGAACUCAUUGAUGAGUUAGAGUUAAUUUGGAGAGAAGAAGAAGAAGGAACAAAUGAUUCACAAACAGAUAAAGUUGUGCUUGAUGGGUUGCAACCAUCAAUAAACUUGAAGAAAUUGAGAAUUGCCUUAUAUGGCGGGACAAGCUUUCCAAGUUGGCUGGGAGAUUCUUCAUUUUCUAACAUGGUGUACUUGUGCAUAAGUUUUUGUGACUAUUGUGUCAGACUUCCAUCUCUAGGGCAACUACCUUCUCUCAAAGAUCUAAGUAUAGACUAUAUGCCGGUAUUGGAGACAAUUGGUCCAGAGUUCUAUGGCAUGUCAGGAGGAGGUUCUAAUUCUUCAUUCCAACCAUUUCCAUCUCUUGAGCAUCUAAAAUUUUCCUACAUGUCUAAUUGGAAGGAAUGGGUUUCCUUCGGAGGCAGUAAGUUUCCUUUUCCUCGUCUUAAAACUCUGAAGUUAGAUCAUUGUUCUGAACUGAGGGGACAUUUGCCUAGUCAUCUUCCUUCCAUAGAAGAAAUUACAAUAUUUUGGUGUGAUAGUUUGUUGGCCCCCCCAUCUACUUUGCAUUGGCUUUCCUCGGUAAAAUCUUUAGAUGUGCAUUCUCCAAAGUCCACUGAAUGGUUGUCGUUUGAAAGUAAUUCUACAUGUCUUCUGCAGCGUGUAAAAAUACGGGACUUUAGGAUGAUGUUGUCUCUACCUAAAAUGUUUACGAGUUCCACUAGGCUUCGACACUUGGAACUCCAUUCGAUUCCAUCUCUCUUGUCAUUUCCGGAUGAUGGUCUACCCACUUCUCUGCAGUCACUACAUAUUUCUGAGUGUGAGAAUUUAGCAUUCCUGCCUCCUGAAACAUGGAGCAAGUACACAUCACUUGUGUCUUUGGAGUUAGUGCAAUCUUGUGAUGCACUUACCUCCUUCCCACUGAAUGGUUUCCCCGUGCUCCAAAGUCUUGACAUUGAAGCUUGUGAGAAUCUGCAAUGCUUUUUUAUUUCAGAAAUUUAUUCCCAUUGCCCGUCGACCCUUCAAUCACUUCAUGUUUUCAACCAUAAUGGACUUAUAUCACAUCCUCAAUGGAGGGACACCCCCAACUGUAAUGCACUUAUAUCACUUCCUCAACGGAUGGACGCCCUCAUUGCUCUUGAAAGCUUGCAUCUCACAUUACCAUUAUUACCAUGCUAUGAAGGAGCUAGCCUCCCUCCCAACUUACGAUCAAUUUUCCUUCAAUCCUUGAGAACGAAAACAAUUGCCACCGGAUGGGGUCUCCAAAACCUUAGUGCUCUGUCUGAUUUGGAUAUCAGAGGUGAUGGUAUUGUUAACACCUUGUUGAAGGAGCAGUUGCUGCCGGUGUCUCUCGUGUCUCUGUCAAUACAUUAUUUCUCUAAAAGGAAAUCCUUACCAGGAAAUGGACUUCAACACCUCUCCUCUCUUGAAAAUCUUAGAUUUUAUGGUUGUACAAAGCUUGGAUCAUUGCCAGAAAACAUGUUUCCUUCCUCUCUGAAAUCACUGGAAAUUUCAUAUUGCCCAAAACUUAAGUCCUUGCCGGACAGGUUGCCUUCCUCUCUAGAAAUACUGGACCUUGAUGAUUGUAAAAGACUUGGGUCAUUGCCAAAAGAUGGUCUCCCUUCUUCUCUUAAGCGAUUGAUCAUUAGUAACUGCCGUCUGUUAAAAGCAAAGUAUGAAAAUCAGAGAGGGGAACAUUGGUCCAACAUUGCUCACAUCCCUGUCAUAAAAAUAGAUUAUGAAUUGACAAUAUUAUGA